AUCAGAUGGUAUUUGCCAAACCUGUGAAGCUGGCUUUUACUCGGAAUUGUCUGAGUUGUCAUGAAAAUAUGUUUCUUUCAAAUGGUGUUUGUGAGAGUUGUCCAACUGGUCAAUAUUUAAGUCCAAAUGGUUGCGCAAGUUGUGCAGAACAAACUUAUUCUCUUGUAAAUAGUUCGAUGUGUAUGAUUUGUUCUUCAUGUGUUAAGUGUGAUCAAACGAAUGGGUAUUACACUUUAUGUAAGAAUGGGCAGUUUGUUAACGAUUAUAGUUGUGAUGAUUGUGAAGCUGGGACGUAUGGAGAUGGCGCCAAAUGCAUUCCUUGCCAAAUAGGAACAUAUUCAAAUUUACCAGGGAGUGCCAGUUGUACACCAUGUAGUGAAGGUUAUUAUACAAAUACAACGGCUACAACUAUGUGUACAAAAUGUAACUAUAAUUGCAUUUCAUGUGAAAGAGAAAGUGGAUUCUGCUCUUCGUGUGUGCCUGGCUGUAUUUUAUCAGAAAACCGCUGCAUUCCAUGUGAUGCUGGAACAAGAGCAAAUCAAGAAACAAACACAUGA